AUGCAGCUGGUCCAUGUUGCGCGGUUCCUCCUCGUCUACCUGGGGUCCCUGACAGAGAAUCUCCUAACGGUCGCCGUCAGUGCCUUCGACCAACGACUGCACACACCCACUUCCUCAGGAACCUGUCCUUCCUCGACCCUGCUAGAUCUCCGGCACGAGCUGUUGGUCCUCACAGCUAUGUCCUAUGACCGCUACGCCACCAUCUUCCUCCACUUGGGAUACGAGGGCGUCAUGAACAGAGUGGCCUCUCCUACCUUCUACCUGUCUUUUCGUGGGUCAAACAUCGUCCAGCAGUUUUUCUGUGACGUCCCCUCGCUGCUGAAGAUCAACUGCCCCGAGAAUCACUUCGCUGUCGACGUGAGCGUCACCGCCGAGGUAGCGUUAGGCGUCAUCCGUUUCAUUCUCAUCAUCGUCUCGUAUGUGCACAUUUUACGGGCCAUGCUGGAGCUGCUGGCCCCCGAGAGUGCAUUUGUCUACAUCAAGCUGCCCUCAGAGUCCUCCUUGAUCGUGGUCCUGCUGGUGUCUGUGUUCUAUGCAGUUGUACCCCCUCCUCUGAACCCACCUAUCUACAGUCUGAGGAACCGAGGCAUGAAGGCUUCCAUGAGCAGGAUCCUAAAUGAGUCACUCACCCGGCCUCCGUUCUGGGACAAAAAAUGUCCUUCCUAG